UUCCGGCGCCUCCCGGCGUGCCCCGGUACUCCCGGCAAGAUGGCGGACGUACUGGACCUUCAUGAGGCGGGCGGGGAGGAUUUCGCCAUGGACGAGGAUGGCGACGAGAGCAUCCACAAGCUGAAGGAGAAGGCCAAGAAGCGCAAGGGCCGCGGCUUCGGCUCAGAGGAAGGAUCCCGCGCUCGGGUGCGCGAGGAUUACGACAGCGUGGAGCAGGACGGGGACGAGCCGGGGCCACAGAGAUCCGUGGAGGGCUGGAUCCUCUUUGUGACAGGGGUGCACGAGGAGGCCACGGAGGAGGAUGUGCACGACAGAUUCGCCGAAUUUGGGGAGAUCAAAAACAUCCACCUGAACCUGGACCGGCGCACGGGAUACCUCAAG